GCCGCCCUCUCGUAAUGCAGCCCUGGUUUAUGAGGGAAAAUGUAUCGUCUCGGCCAACAGUCUAUCUCCAAGAUCGCCUUCAAUUCCUUUUUAUCCGCUGUGCCACGGGAAUAUUUUCAUUUUACGAGACAAUAUAAUAAAAGCUGGUCGUGUAUUGGCUGAUUUUUGAUCAUAUUGUACAUUAAUCUGCACGAAAAUGCCGAGGACCAAGAAGAAGAAUAGCAGGGGGGGGCAGCAUGGAAAUGUGCAGCCUUUCAGUGAUGAGGAUGCCUCCAUUGAGACCCUCAGUCAUUGCAGCAGCUUCAGUGAUACCAUCAGUGUUGCAGAUGAAGGUGGAGAGGCCAGUGAGGACCAAGCCCAGGAGGAUUUCCAGUACAAGCUGAAGGGGUUCAUAGACAGCACGGUAGAUAAGAGUGCUAAGACCAGACAAGGGGCGCUGGAUGGGCUCAAGACGGCCAUGGCCACACGGAUCCUGUAUGAGUUCAUCUCAGAGAGAAGGAUGACCAUCACAGACAGCAUCGAACGCUGCCUCAAGAAAGGCAAAGGCGAGGAGCAGCGGGCAGCAGCUUCUUUAGCCUGCCUGCUGUGUAUCCAGCUGGGCUCCGGCAUCGAGAGCGAGGAGGUGUUCAAGACCCUGAAACCCAUCUUCAAAAACAUCCUGGCGGACGGAGCAGCCAAUAUACAAGCCAGACAGGCUGUGGCAACAAGUCUGGGCCUCUGUACUUUAGUAGCAGAAGAUGACAUUUUGGAUGUCCAUGCAACCAUGGAGUGCUUUGAGAACCUGUUCACCCGGUCCUAUGCGAAGAUGGAUGGAACCUGUCCUUUGAUCAGUCCCCAGACGAGCCAGCUCCACACCAACGCCCUGCUGUCUUGGGCACUGCUGCUCACCAUCUGCACUGCCAGCCAGCUCAAAGACAUCCUGCGCAAACACCUGCCUAAACUGCCAAGACUGCUAGAAAGUGAGGAUGUCAACAUGAGAAUUGCUGCAGGGGAGACCAUUGCACUGCUCUUUGAGUUGGCCAGAGACAUGGACCCUGAGUUUGAGUUUAACGACUGGGAUGAACUGUGUGACAAACUGAACGCGUUGGCCACAGACUGUAACAAGCACAGAGCUAAGACAGACAAGAGGAAGCAGCGGUCGGUGUUUAGAGACGUACUCAAGGCUGUUGAGGAGGGCGACUUCCAGUCUGAGACCAUUCGCUUUGGGACAGAGCGCAUGACCAUUGACAGCUGGGUCAGAAAGAGGACCUAUGACGCCUUCAGAGAGUUCGUGGGCUCUGGGAUGAACUACCACUUGCAGGCAAAUGAAUUCAUCAGAGACGUGUUUGAACUGGGACCACCUAUGCUGGUUGAUUCCGCCACAAUGAAGGCCAUGAAAAUCUCUCGCUUUGAAAGGCAUCUCCACAACUCUGCUGCAUUCAAGGCUCGGACCAAGGCCAGAAGCAAGUUCAGGGACAAGAGGGUGGAUGUGGGAGAAUUUUAACCUUUUUUCUCAUUUUCUUCUUUUCACUCUAACACUCUAUUUAUCAGGCUCCCCUGCUUUUUAGAUGAAUUGUCACAACUUUGUGUGAUCCUCCCUCAAAAUCUAUAUUUUGAAUAUCAAACCGUCACCUUCUGCAGACUUGAAAGGGGGCUUAAGGCCACCUUGUGGCUGACUAAACAUUGUUUUUAUAGCCUCUUUUCAAAUCUACAGGAGGUGAGUGUUUGUUUGAUAAUCAAACAAUAGAUUUAGUAUAGAGUAUACCUUUAAACAGUGGUGUUGUACAUACAGUGUAUAUUUGUUUUCCCCUCAUGUUAAUAUUCAUUAUGUGGCCUUUUUUUUAAUAAGUUAUAUGAUUUUUCCAGCAUUUGUCUUGUACCAUGUUAGUUUAGCUAGUUUAUAGCAAUGUCAAGACAUGUGACUGAUCUAACCCUUUGAUGUAUUUGUAUUAAGUUGCACUACCUUCCCUUGUAAGGUUAUUUCUGUCGAACCUCGGUAAAUAUUGUGUUGUCUUUUUAGUAGUGGGUGUGUAAUCUAAAGGGCAAGGAUGAUGAAAUAAACACUGAAAAGCUGUAAGAAA